AUGGCCACUCUUACCAAGCUACAACCAGCAGAGUCUGGUACUCACCGACGCUAUUCGCAGAUCUCAACCACGUCUGCUCCCCCCGAGUAUGAGCUCGAGGACUAUGCCCAGCUCCAGGCGCUUUCCGGCACCGCCUCCCAGUCCGAGUCGUCCUCGUUGCCAGACUACGACACGCUCGACGCCUUGCCCUCUGCCAGCAGCGCCGCCUCUGCCGUGACGUCGUUCCACCACAACAGCACCUUCCAGAUUGACACGCCCGGCCACCCGCUCUUCUACCUGCCGCUGCCGCCCAAGGCCGUGCCCAUCCCCGUGCUGCGCGUUGACGACGACGGCGCUGUUGGCGAUCUGGUCUACGAGUCGCUGCGCAACAAGCGCAGCUCCGGCAACUGCGCCCUCGUCCGCGCCGGCCACGGCGUCUCUGAGGCGCCCGUCUGCAGCACCACCUACCGCUUCGGCCCGGGCAAGAGCCCGCAGAUGCAGCUGCACGGCCGCCUCGACCCCAACGAGGUCUACGAGAUCCAAGGCAAGGGCCUCACGACACGCGCCCAGAGCCUCCGCACCCACCUUGGCACCUUUGAGUGGCGCUACGCGAGCCGCGGUGAACGCAAGGCCGUGGGCGCCAACAGCCUGCUGCUCUUUGAGCGCGUCACGUCGGUAGCGCUCGCCGGUGGUAAGCAGGAGGAGCGUCGCACCAUUCUCGGCAUGUUUGUCCGCAACGCCGAGCUGCGCACGCACGGCACGAAUGGAUGCACCGCUGGUAAUGGAGGUCGUCUUCUGCUCAACUUGAUAGAGUGGGCGGAUACCAAGGUCGAGCAUGAGCAGAUGGAAAUAAUCGCCAUUUCCAGCUGCAUCGUCAUGCUCAAGAAGGAGAUUGACAGGCGUCGCGUCCAGCAAAUGAUGAUGAUUAGUGGAGGCGCUAGCGGUGGUCCUUGA